CAGAGGAUGAAUGGGAUUUCAUGAUUUCAUGACAUGUCGGGUGAGCUCUUUGGGCACGCUCCUCAGUGCAGAGGAGAGCUUCAGCCUCCCACCAGUGAGCGAUCAUUUGCCCCAAGCCUUUCGUGUGGUUUGGGAGACCGGUCAUGCCGUGGAGAUCCUGUCGUGGAAUGUGAUGGCCCGAGGCCGGGCAGGUGCAACUGGUCGUGCUGGAACUGCCUUGGAAGGCAAACGGCUAACGAACAAUGGCUUGGACUGUGAUGAAACACCAGACAGCUACAAGCAGCGCUUGAAGGAGCGAGUGCUGCCAGUCCUUCAGAGAUGGCUAGAGCAAUCCGGCACAUGCCAGAGGGUUGCAUGCUUGCAGGAAUUUCCAGUGCAGCCGUUGCUGCAGCAGGAGUUCCUGUCAGACCUACGCAGCAAGAUCCCGUGUUUGCAAAUGGCUGUGGGCAGCGCAUGGGAGGUGGAGAGCAUGGACUUGCCCAAUGCAUGCGUUUUACAGCUCGUUGUUGAGGCGGGCUUUGCUCAACUUGCCACCCACACCAAUGCAGUGGUUUGGGACAGCUCUUUGUGUGAGCGACCUUCCCAGGUGCCAAGGGGCCCAGAAGUCCUUCAGCUGGCUCUGAAAAGUACAAAGCAUACUUUCGACCUGAUGAGUUUCCACUUGCCAUUCAAAGAUUCACCAGGGGGCGCUAGGUAUAGUGAAGGCGUGAAAGCAGCUACAAGCUUUUUGCGGACAUUAUCGAGGGACACUCCACGGCCUUUGAUUGCUGCUGGUGAUUUCAAUGUCCAAGUCAAUGAUUUGGAAAAGGCUUUUGGAAUCUCGGACUUUGUUGGAGUCAGUUCGGGCCGACAGGCCAGCAUGACACACUCGGUGCCAAGUGGGCAGACAGAAACAACAGCCAAGGUGCCACUGCGAUGGCAACACAACACGACUCUGCAGUUUUUCGAGGGCAAAGACUCUCCGUUGAUGCUUGUGUCGCACUGCCUGGCCUCGAGGAGCCGUCAACAAGCCUGAUGCCUUUGGUCGAAGACUCAGGUGGUCUGUGGCGGCCCUCCGAGCUGGAACUUUUCGGGCCUGAGGGCCGGGAUGCCUUCAUCGAGAAAUACGCAGCCAGUCAGUUGGGGGUGUCAGGAUGUCACACACAGAACGACAGGCACAUUUUGGAGUACUGGGAGAUUGCUCCUGGAUAGCAACAUGUUCAUAAACGGUCCAUUUCUAUUUUAGGGGCCCAGGUUCGCGCGCUCCCAGAGAACGAGUUGAGUGCCCCAGACAAUGAAGAAUGACUCACCCUGUUUCGCAAUGACACUGUUUGUGGUUUUCUUGAAGCCGGCACCCCAACAAAAUGGUGUCCUUUUGCAGGAUGUGCCAUGCAAAUUUGGAUUUAUGACAUUUGUGUGGCAGAUUUGCUAUAAGGAUCUAGAUUAAAUUUAUCCCUUUUUGGGUUUUCAAUUCUAGGCUCGUCUAGAUUAAAACUACAUUCGGUCAAGUGACCAUAAAUUUUGGUCAUAUUUUGGUCGUGCCCAUUGAGGUUGCAAAAAACCUUCACGAUGAUCCGCGGCUCUGGCGGCUGAGCGACACGGCUGUGGCUUCGCUUGGAUGCUGGCCUUUUGCUGAGCAACCACGAGAAGUGGCAAGGCUGUUGCAUGGCACGCGGAGCCAAAAGAAGCGGAAGCUGGACAACCCGUUGCUUGGCACAAUUGUUGUUAAUUACUCUGACUCUGGUGAAGUGAGCCCCCAAUGACUGCAACCGGAAUUUGAAGCUAGUUCUGGCGCUAAUGACGCUGAGGUGACUGAGUGACUUGGUGCGAAACAUGUGCUAGUAGUAUCUGGUAGGAAUGCCAUUGUAAGUGCUUGUUUGUGGGAUGUGGCAGUUGGAUCUGGGGCUCCAGGUGGACCUGGAAAAAGCCCAACUGCCGAACUUGUGGCAGGCCCUGGGCAAGCACCUUUCGUCACACUGGCUGGCUGUUCCCUGGAGAGGAGGAAUGGUUGGAACCAUCUCCUCCUCCCAAGCGCCAAGCUAUGGGUGGCAAAGGCAAGGGCAAGGGACAAAUGGCAGCCCACGGCCCCCCAGUGAGCGCCAAGUGCGGGAUGAUGGACUUCCCUCGUCACCCCCACUUAGCCGAGAGCGUCAGGCCAUUCGGGCCAAUUUGCAUUGGCAAGAGCUGGUCAAAUCUGCCCUGCGUGCGCAUUGGCCGGCACUCCCUGAUAAGCCCUGUGAGGAGCUGGAUUCCCUCAUGUUUGAGUAAGGCGUCACUCCCACUGAGCCCAAUGCCCAAGAGAUCACUGGUGCUUUCAAAGCAACCACUGGCAAGCUCAAGACCCUGGGCAUCCAGAAAGCGGCGUUGGAAGGCCGCAGUGACAAAGCCAAAGCCAGCCUUGAAGCCUUGUAUGGCAGGCAGCGAGAGUUGGACCAGGAGCUGGCUGAUGCCAAAGAUAAGGUUUCAGAUCAAUAUUGGACGGCCGUCCUUGGGAUGGAGGCCAAAACAGAGCCAGAAGUGGGUGAACCCACGGGACAAUCGGAGGAGAUGUUGGAUCACGGAGACAAUCUCACCAAUGAGCAACGAGGAAUCCUGCGGCAGCUCCUGGGACCGACUAGGGCUGACAAGCGCCGGAAGGUUGCUUCCUCUCCAACCGCCAGCCUUGGCUGCUGGAUGUUGAGAAAGUGCCCUUGGACGGGACACAGGCUAAAGCAGCUCCCUCUUCCCCUCCUCCUCGCCUUUAGCCUGCCAUGGUUGCUGCGAGAAGCCCUAGGUGCGCUGCCAGCCGCGAGCCUUGGUGACCUCGAUAGGAAGCGGGGUGGAUUAGAACCUACGGUGCAUAAUGAGGCUACGGAGACUGGCGUGAACUUUCCUAGUUUUGUAAACCCAGGCAGUUUUGCCACAAUACAGCUGAAGACGGCCAAUGUAACCAACUAUAAUGCUGCAGUAGACAGUUGGUUGGAUGUGAUGGCUUGGUCCUCCAUCUUCAAGAAAACUCAUCUCGAUGAAGAGCAGACACAGCAAAAGCAGAAAGUGCCCUCUGUCAAAGACACCAUCAAAGACUUGGGCGUCGAUAAUUCCUUGGCCAGGAAGAGGCAUUUGAAGACUCACAGCACUAGAUUGUCGCGGGGUGGUAGGAGACUCCAAAUGAUUAAGAAAUUGCUUGCGCAAGCACGGCGCAAAUAUGUCAGCAUGUCUGCUGCGCCGGCUGCCCUGUGGGGGCAUAUGGCUUUAGGGGUCCCCCCAAAUAAGCUGAAAGCUUGGCGUUUGUCCGUCGCUCGUACUCAGCAUUGGGUCGGGUCGAGGAUGUCUUGCCAUUGCUAUGGCCUUUAACUGUCAUCGUGAACAUGACCCUCUUUACCUUAUGCGUGUUGAACAACUUAAGAUGUGGGUUGAGAUUGUGAAACGCUCGGGCGCUCUUGCUUUGCAUGCUUUGACUAGGGCUUGGGAUCUCUCAUGGCACGAGUUGCUUCAAGUGACACCCAAGCUGUUCUCAUGUAUUUACAAUGGACUGUCCCUGUUCUUGACAAGCGGAUUGAUCCACAGUUCAGGUUGUGGGACCUGAACUAUGAAGAUGUUUCCUUACCUUGUGACCUUGAAAACAAAAUCGUUUGUAGUAUCCAACGCUUGGAAGGCCAUGUUGUUGACUCCCAGUUAUGUUCGAAAAUUCCCAGUUGCAGUGGUGCCCCUUUUGUCCCACUCAAGAAUCAAGAACGCACUUGGCAUCAUAUGUUCUAUGAAUGCCCUGGCUGCAUUAAGAAGCAUGGGGAAGUUCUUGCUGUGUGGGCGCCGUGUUUGGGUCAAUUUGGCAUGGAGCAUUUCCGGUGCCGAGGGCUGGUUCCCCGACAUUGGAAUAUUGCCCCGCCUAUUGCUGAUGAGGGUUUGGUCGCUGUUAGCAUUUUUCAUGACCAUAAUGUUGGAUCAGGUGCCACAAUCCUCUUGGGAACUGAUGGUUCGGGUGGUCCUUUCAGUGAUGACCCCGUCUUCGGAAGUCUGCGUGGGCUGCGGUUGCUCUUCGCAUUGGCGGCGAUGAGAUGUCUGGCGCUUUAGUUGACAGUGAUGAAACUUGCAAUACUGUCCCUCGAGCUGAACUUAUGGCUCUGGUGAGGGCGUUGGCUUUGUCUUGGGGUGAUGGGCCUGUCCAAGUUGCCUUUGAUGCGUCUUAUGCGCAAACUACUUGGAACAAGGUCUCGCGCAAUAAGCAUGUUGGUAACCCUAAUGGAGAUCUGAAAAUGAGACUUAGAAGGUUGGAUCGUCGCUCUGUGGAGCUGUGCAAGGUUUAAUCACCCAUGAGUCUCCAAGAUCACAUUGACUUGGGUCGUCCGGCUUGGUCCUGGCAUGCUAAUGCUGCUGCUGAUUCCCUUGCUGGGGAAGCAGCCGUGGCCUUUGCCCCGUAUGGAAAAGAUAAGGCUAACUCGUUCAUUUUUGGAUGAGCUUGGCGCUUAAACAAGUGGUUGUUGCCUCGUGUGCAGUCUUGGUUGCGUCAGCAGAGUAUCUGCAAACUUCCGAAGAAAAGUGGGUCUAGGUGCACUAAGGAUGCUCUCCUGUUGUCUCUCAGAGAUAAUCCUGUUGGAGGCCAUAAGUGGGAAUCCUCAGUCAAGGGUUUGUGCUGUUUGCGUUGUGGUACUAAGUUGCCCAAAUACAACGUUUGAGUGAUCUUGAGGUCUUGGUGCACAUCCCUUGUGAUGGGAUGAGUGGUGUCCGCGGGGUGCAUUAUACAUGCUCAUACCAUGUAUGGUGGCACGCGGAGGACUUGCAAUGUCUGCUUUGUUUUGCAGGGCGGCAGAUUAGCAAGAAAUUGCGGCAACCAUGUGGAACCUCCGGAAGGGGCUUGUACAGACGGAAAUAGUUUGGGCUGGUGGUAUGUUUGGUAAAAUGCAUAGUAAUGCCCUUGUUGCUAGUCAGCUGUCUCAUGUGCCAGGCUGCUGACUGCGUACGCGAGUGAGUCAGAGGAGGACUCGACGGAAGACUCGCAAUGAGUUCGGCAAAA